UUUGAAAACUAUAUAAUCAGAAUCAAAGGAGGGAGGAAGUGCUAGGAGCUCUCUACCAGGGAAGAAACAACUGGAACUUCUCUCUAGACCUGACCAGACAGUUUUAUCAAGGCCAUCUACAGUUUUUUUCAACAAAUAAAGGGAUAGAAGAUAAUGGCCAUGCAAGGGAUUCGAUCAUUGCUGCUACUUUUGGCCUUGCUUGGCCUAUGUCUGGUGCAUCCCUCUUCUGGGGAUCGGAGGUACCAAAAAUUCCUGCGACAGCACGUGGACCCUGAGAGUGAUGGUGGUGAUGCUACAUACUGCAACCAGAUGAUGCACAGAAGGCGAAUGACUGUACCAAGAUGCAAGCCUGUUAACACCUUCAUCCAUGAGAGUAUAUGGAACAUCAACAGUAUUUGCCAUACCACUGACAUCAAAUGCAAGAAUGGCCAAAUGAACUGCCAUGAAGGCAUUAUGAAGGUCACAGACUGCCGAUUGACAGGUGGUUCCACUUCCCCAAACUGUAGGUACCGGGCUCUGGCCAGAACCAGGCAUGUAGUCAUUGCCUGUGAUAAUUCAUCACCUGUGCACUUUGAUGACUAAGACCCAUCCUGCUGGCUUCAUCCUCAGCCUUGGUUCCCACUUUAUAAUUGUCUGCUAAUGAAAGAUGGGAGCUAUCCAGGGCCUUAUUCCCUAAUACCCUUUGUUUAUUCCUUUAUAACUACUCCAUGAUUUUGUAUACUUUAAUUCUAAUAGAAGAGAAACUAAAUCUGCAAAAGACCUGAGUUAUAUCCCCUAACAAAUCUCCUUGUAUAGUUGUGGAAGGGUUAAAUCUUCUUUUUCUGUCCU